AUGGUAGAGAAGGGGUCUCUGAACAAAAGGUUGGAGAGACUUUACAUGGAUUACAUAGAGAUAGAGAAAAUUUUGAAGAGGCUUCGAGACAUAAAAAGACAAUGCUCUUAUAAUAACACAAUAGCCAGGCUUAAGCCGAAGGGAAAAGUAUCCAUAUCUGUUGAAGCGGACAUUCAACGGGACAAGGAGUUCCACAAGAAAACAAAGAACUGCAUGAGAUUUGAUCUCAAGGACUCUUUCUGGAAGGAGAUGUCUGAAAAGUUCAGCAUUUCAAGAAAUGAAUGCUUUAACAAAUGGAUCAACAAGGAGGAGAGCCUCGACAAGAAACUGAGUAAGAGCGACAUGGCCAGAGUCAAGGAAAUGAGCGAGGAGGGCAGAGACUGGAUUGAAAUAUCCAAGGAAGUUGGAUGUAGACCCUUUAAAGUGUUUACAGAGCAUCUUCGGUCAAAUACCAUAUCUGUACCGAAGAUGUGGAGUGUGGAGGAAGACAAGCUUUUGGAGCAGGGAGUGGAGAAGUACGGGCUUUCGAAAUGGAGAUAUGUAUCGAAGAUAGUUAAGACAAAGACUGGGAAGGAAUGUGCCAUGAGAUUUUAUUUCCUCAACAAAAAUUUUCGCAAAGGCAAAUGGACAGAGGAUGAAAAUGAAAGACUAAUGGAAGGUGUGAACAUAUAUGGAGAGGGAGAUUGGCGAAACGUGAGCACACAUGUAAUGACUCGAAACCCCAUCCAGUGUAGAACCAAGUACAUUGGUAGAACAAAGUCCAGAAAAGAUAAAUAA